AAGCAAGCCAGUCUGGUUUUGUGUUUCAAUGCGCGCGGAUCGCAAGCGCGUCGCGUCUAAACGUAAACGACUGCACACCAAAUCUUUUUUCAAUUUUUCAAACUGUUCGAAUUUUAAUAAACGCUCUAUGGAAUCUUGGGUUGACAGCAUUGUUUUUUAAAAGAGUGCCCGGCAAAAGUAAACUUUCGCAAAAGUUUGUUUAAAAAGUUUUUAUUUCUUUUUCGUAUUUAUUUUUCUGUUCGCAUUACAGUGAUUACAUUGUUAUUUAGGUUUUGUGGUUUUUGUUUUAGUGGUUGUUUUGGUAUACAUUUGAAUUUUAUGUUUAAAAAUUAAAGUUUUAGUUUGUUUAAAAUCUGCGGUGUUAAUGUGAAGUGUUUGGAGUUAAACUUUUGUAGAGUGUUUCAGUAAAUAGGAUGUUUAUAAAGUGACUUUGUAAAGUUAUUUGGCAAUAUGAAGCUCUUUUGGAAAGUUUUGUGUUCGUUGCUACUUCUUGCUCAGGCUGUUAUGGGGAAUUGGUGGAACCUAGCAGCACCACCACCUCAGACGCAAGUCGGAAACACAUCGCUGGAGACCUUCACGACGUUACAUAAAGAGAACUGCCACAGGUUGGAGUUCUUAGUAGAGCGGCAGAAACAGCUGUGUAUGCUCUCUGAUACUAUGAUAAAGGUCCUGCAGACUGGUGCGUUACAAGCUGUUGAAGAGUGUCAGUAUCAGUUCCGACACAGCCGGUGGAAUUGCAGUACUGUGGAGAAUGCGACCGAUAUUUUUGGAGGCGUACUAAAGUUCAAGUCCCGUGAAUCAGCAUUCGUGCACGCUCUGUCGGCAGCGGCGUUGGCGCAUGCGGUUGCACGCGCUUGCAGUCGCGGUGAGCUCAAUGAGUGCUCUUGUGACUCCCGCGUCAGAAAGCGCACACCUAGACAUUGGCAGUGGGGUGGAUGUUCUGAGGAUAUAAGAUACGGAGAGAUGUUCAGUAAAGACUUCUCAGACUCCAAAGAAGAUAAGAAUACUGACGAAGGGCUGGUGAACUUACACAAUAACGAGGCAGGACGUAGGGCAGUCCGCGGUCGCAUGCAGCGCGUAUGCAAGUGCCACGGCAUGUCGGGCUCGUGCUCCGUGCGCGUGUGCUGGCGUCGCCUGCCGCAGCUGCGCAUGGUCGGCGACGCCUUGUCCACAAGAUACGAAGGAGCUUCGCAUGUUAAGGUGGUCGAACGCAAGAGAGGAAAGAAUAUAAGAAAGCUUAGGCCGAUGCACAUGGACAUGAAGAAACCCAACAAGACUGAUCUCGUGUACUUGGAAGACUCACCUGAUUAUUGUGAACCCAACGAUGAACUUGGUAUCCUCGGUACCCGCGGGCGCACCUGCAACAGAACAUCAGCCGGCCUCGACGGCUGCCGGCUGCUGUGCUGCGGCCGCGGCUACCAGACACGAGUCAGAGACCACGAAGAGAAGUGCCGAUGCCGAUUCGUCUGGUGCUGCAAAGUCCACUGCGAAAUCUGCCGAUUUAAACGAGACCACCAUGUCUGUAAUUAAUGGAGAAAUCGAAGUUGAUUUGGUUUGUGACAGGUCAGUUUUGUAUUUCAGUUUUGGGCUGAAGUCAUUGUUAUAAUAGAUGGUCUGUUUGAUGUAGAUUUCUUCGAUUUUGGUGAUGACACAAUUGUAGUUAUUGAUGACAUGGGAAUAGAAAGAAUAAUUUUACGAGAUGCAAUUGGAUCUGAUGAUGAAGUUCGCUGUAGGAAUUUCUUUCAAUUUACUCUCGAUGAAUAAAACAUCACACAUAAUUACUUUCUAUGUGACAAGGCCUAAAUGAACACUUGGUUUCAAAGAUGAUGAAGCCAGUAGAAGCUAUUAUACAUUUAAGAUGAUAACUAAACAAGUGACUUAACGAAGAAUAAUUUAUUUUAGAAAUAACACUUGCCCUUUAACUACCUAUUCUCUGAUAUAAAGUUGACGAAUAUUGCUGAAUCUUUUAUAUGACAUUUGCUUUGAUUGGUUUCUUGAUUUUUUUGAACAUUUCGAUCUGAUUAAGUUUCGUUAUUGUAAUCUGCAUUAAAUUAAUAUUUUAAAUCAAUUUUAUCUAUUAUAGCUAUGUGGUCUUUAUUAUAUUCGUAUUUAACAAAUUCUUUAUUAUAAAUCACUGACUGAUUAUUAAUUUUAAUUAGUAUUUUAGAUAACAUUUAAUUUUCUGAAGAUUAAGCUUUAAAAUUAUUUACAGUAUUACUAACUUAUUUUAUUUUUAAUUGUACAAAGUUGUAUAUAGUGCUUUUGUUAAUAUUUUAAUAUUGAUAGAUAUAGAUUUGAGGCAUUUUCUUCUUAUUUAUGUGCCGAAUGUAAAUAUUAAUAUUUUUAUUGUGUAAAGUAUUACACAGAUUGAUUUUCUACCUCAUGAGGAAGAUGAUUUCGUUCAUGCCAUUAAAUAAUAUCGGUUAAUUAUUAUUUAAGGUAAGGAAGCGGUUCUAUGGAAGAUGUAUACUUGGAGGUUUCCAUUAUUAUAAUCCAUGGUUAUAAUUAUCUCUUACAACGAUAUGUCAAAAUAAAACUUGUGGCUAUAUAAUAAAUCUUUUGAUUACAAUAGUUCUGUCUCAAUACAGUUUUCAAAGAGCUGCUUCCUAAAAUCGUCAGUUGUAAAUAUCUUAACCAGUAAGUUAGUGUUAGUAACUUAUUGUAUUAGGAAUGUGAUAGCUUUAUUCCUUUAGUGUUAACAUUUUGUCUAAACCUUUGGUAUGUAACCGUCGCAUCUUACUUGUAAAUACUCUAUAGUGAUAUUACUUAUACAUGUCAUAAAAUCGUGUAACAUAUACAUCUGUAUUGUACGUGUUUAAUCUAAGGAUUCUGUUCUUUUCAAUUUUCUGAGACGUCUUUUAUUUCACUGUGAGUAUUUUUGCUAAUAUUUAUUUGAUGUGUGUUUCUGAUUCCUCUUAUAAAUUGAUUAAGUACUAAUUCGCUGUUGUUACUAUGUAACUUAUUACUAGACUAGUUGCCCGGAGCGGUUUCAACUAUGCCAUAGGAGAAUUACUUCCCACUAGACUAUGUAUCAGAUUGAUAGAUAGUUACUUUCGCAUUUAUAAUAUUAGUAAGAUUUAUUAUUGGAUAAUUUUAGAAUAUUGAAAAGGACAGAUAAAAAUCAAAAUUUUACACUUGCCAACUUAAUGUUACGUCUCAAUUAUAAGAAUUCUAAAUCGUCUAUUUAUAACUUAGGCUUAAGUGAACUUUCUCAUUGACUUGAACGUAUCACCAAUGAUAUUUUAGUACUUAAUCUGAAUGUAGAAAGGCAAGAUGAUUGAUUGAUGUCACUUUGCGUCAAUGUGUAGAAUACUGUCCAAUAUUAUUUGAAAGUGAUGCUUGUCUUCAAUUUUGGAAAUCCAUAUUUGUAAGGUAAACACACUUUUAUGUAUCUGCAUUUUGGCAUAGAGAGGAAAAAUACAAUUUUCGAUGUUUCAUAAAGAUUAAUACUAGAUUACUGAUCGUAGUUUCAAAAUCCUGUUUUGAAAGUAAAAACGAUUGUCUGAUUGCUUAUUAUUCGUGAUAUCUUGUAAAAUUUCAGUUAUAAAUAUUAUGAGGAAAAUGUGUCAUUUAUCAGUAUCAAAAUCAAGACACCUGUUUGUGCAUUUCUAAAACUAUACGUAGGUAUUGAGCAAAGUCGUGCUGUGUACCUUACAAAUAUGGAUUGAUGUUAACAUUACAAAAAAUGUUAUAUAUUAACAUCUUUUUCUACAGAAAUUCUAGACUGUAAAUCUAUUUAAACGUCAAUAUUUAAAGUUCAGACUAUAUUUUAGUCAGAAAUGUGGUCUAACUUUAAAUAUAACAGUUCGAGGUAAGACUUAGUAUUUACCAUUUUGGAUAUGGAAUAGUUACUAUUUGAUGUAAAUGGAAUAAAGUAAAUGUAUUAGAA